AUGUUAGAAGGUACGGUGGAUUAUGACCCGCUGGAAGAUAUUACUAAUAUACUUUUUUCAAAAGAAUCCCUGAAUAACAUAGAUGAACUGAUCAACGUUACCAGAAACUACAAAAAGCAAUUGCAAGAGGACAUCCUCAAGGAAGAGGGUGAAUUGAAUGAACAUCCUAGGGAGUCCGCUGAAAUGGAGGUUUCUCUGAGGAAGGUUUUCCAAGAUUUCAAAGAAACUCAAGAUAUCUCAGCCUCCACUGAGCUGACGAUAUCGAACCUGACAGAAGGUAUCUCGUAUCUGGAUAUUGCCAAGAAAAAUCUCACUCACUCUUUGACUCUUUUCCAAAAUUUAAAGAUAUUGACAGACAGUUACAUACAAUGCAAUGAACUACUUUCACAAGGCUCAUUCCAAAAAAUGGUUUCUCCUUAUAAGAUAAUGUGUUCGCUAGCUGAAAAUACAUUCAUCUCUUAUAAAUCACUGGACGAGAUAAACUAUUUGUUGAGCUCCAUAUCAAGAUUGAAAGCAGACACUUUGUCCAAGAUCAAACAAAACUACAAUGCGCUCUUUUCGAGCGGCAAUAUCUCCGAGCAUGAUACAGCACUUACCAUUGAAUUGCGCGAAGGUGCUUGCGAGUUACUCGACUGUGAUACGAGCACGAAGGCGCAAAUGAUAGAUUGGUGUCUGGACAAACUACUAUUCGAAAUGAAAGAGAUUUUUAGAGUAGACGACGAAGCCGGAUCCCUGGAAAAUUUAUCGAGAAGAUACAUUUACUUUAAAAAAAUUCUCAAUAAUUUUAAUUCAAAGUUUGCAGAUUAUUUCUUAAAAGAUUGGGAAAUGGCAGUCAGACUAACCACCUCCUUUUAUCACAUUACACAUAAAGACCUUCAGAUACUACUGAAAAGGGAAUUUAAAGACAAGAACCCUUCAAUUGAUUUAUUCAUGACAGCAUUACAAUCGACACUAGAUUUCGAAAAAUAUAUUGACGUGCGAUUUUCUAAAAAGAUCAAAGAACCAAAAUUAAGUUCCUGCUUCGAACCUUAUUUGACUUUAUGGGUGUCUCAUCAAAACCAAAUGAUGGACAAGAAGUUUCUUUCUUACAUGAGUGAGCCUAAAUACCCCUCCAAUGAAGCAGAAUCUCUAGUGUUACCCUCUAGUGCAGACCUUUUCAGAACUUACCGUUCCGUACUGACUCAGACCUUAGAGCUCAUUGAUAAUAAUGCCAACGAUGCCAUAUUGACUUCAUUGGCAAAUUUUUUCAGUAAAUGGCUUCAAACUUACUCCCAAAAGAUACUUCUUCCUUUGCUGCUGCCCGACAAUAUUGAGGUCCAAGAUAAACAAGAAGCUGCCAAGUAUACCGUCUUGUUGAUCAAUACAGCUGAUUAUUGUGCCACAACUAUAGAUCAAUUGGAGGAUAAAUUAUCUGAAUUCAGCGGCAAUCCUGAAAAACUGGCAGACAGUUUUGCGAAAACGAAAAACAUAUACGACGAUUUACUGGCGAAAGGAACCUCUUUUCUGUUAAACCGUGUCUUACCCUUAGACCUAAAUUUCGUAUGGAGAGAGUUUACCAACAACGAUUGGUCAAAUACUACAAUAGAAGAUUGUAGCAGGUAUAUGGUAACCCUCAAAUCCGUGCUAAAAGUGCCCGCAUCAGCAGACUCCUCCAUCAAACAACAGCAAGAACAACCUUCUACUUUGGCGUUUAUUUUGUCACAAUUCAAUAGAGAUGUUUAUAAAUGGAAUUUCUUAGAUAAGGUGAUUGAUAUUGUCAAUACUAAUUUCGUAAGCCAUAUCAUCCGCCUUCUGCAGCCUAUUCCGCCUUUCUCCCUGGCGGGCAGCAAAAGAAGAUUUGAAACCAAAACUGUUGUCAACAUUGGCGAGCAGCUUCUUCUUGAUCUAGAAUUGCUAAAGGAGAUUUUCCACACUUUACCAGAAAAUGUCAGCAACGAUUCUGAUUUGCGAGAAAACACCUCUUAUAAGAGGGUGAAAAGACAUGCCGACAACAAUAUAGACCAGCUACUAAAGUUUAUUAAACUUCUAGUGGCGCCUCUAGAUUCUGCUGAUGAUUAUUAUGAGACUUACUCCAAAUUAACUAAUAAUAACCCUGAUUCAGCGGUAUGGUCUUUUGUCCUUUCUUUGAAGGGCAUUCCAUGGGAUUUGGCGUUGUGGAAAAAAUUAUGGAGUGCGUACAAUUUGGAAACAGACGACACUGACGAAGGCAAUAGGCCAGACAGCAACCGCGAUCUUUUCAUAUUUAAAUGGGAUAAGGUACUUCUAGGGCAAUUCGAAAUUAAUUUGGCAAGAAUCCAAGAUCCAAGUUGGUCAAAAUUUGUGGGACAAGAUUUGAAAAUAUCACCACCUGCUAUGAAAAGGAUAGUAUCCACCCCUCAAAUACAACAACAUAAAGAAGAGCAAAAAAAGCAAAGCUUGAGCGUCAAAGAUUUCGUUUCUCAUUCGCGAUUCUUCAACAGAGGCACCUAA